AUGGAUCUGGCCACGAAACACUCCGCGACCAUCGUGUCCGCCUUCAUCUUGCUGGCCGGACUGGCCUUCGGGCUCUCCCUGGACGCCAACGCGCACAUCCCGCGACCGUGGAACCGCGUGUCCAGCAUCAUCGGCUGGAUCUACUUCUUCUGCUGGAGCGUGAGCUUCUACCCCCAGGCGAUCCUCAACCGCCAGCGCCGCAGCGUUGAGGGACUGUCGCUGGACUAUGCGGUACUCAACAUGCUGGGCUUCGCAAGGUACACGGUGUUCAACGUGGCGUUCUACUACAGCGAGAGCGCGCAACAGCAGUAUAUGAGACGUCAUGGUGGCCACCACAAUGCUGUAGAGCUCAACGACGUCUUCUUCUCGCUACACGCGGUCGUGAUGGUGAAUGUGUGGCUUGCCCAAUGUGUGAUCUACCCUCGGGGAGGACAGACGGUGAGCAAACCUACCAUUCUGUGGACGGGUGGGACCGUCGUCGUCGCUCUACUUUAUGGGCGACAAGGAGGACUCGGUUAUCAACCACUCGAUCUGCUCUACCUGUUGAGCUACGUGAAGCUCAUCACAACUUUGUUCAAGUACUUGCCGCAGAUCACACUCAACUAUCAGCGGAAAUCCACGGUUGGGUGGACCAUUUGGAACGUGCAGCUCGACUUCGCUGGCGGGUUGCUGUCCAUUGCGCAGCAGGUGCUGGACGCCGCGGCGACCAACGACUGGACGGCUAUGACUGGAGACCCGGUGAAGUUCUCGCUGGGAUUUGUGAGUAUUAUUGUGGACGUGGUGUUCAUCCUGCAGCACUACGUGUUCUACGCGGAGAACAACCACUUUAUGCUGCACGGAGGAGAGGCCAAGCCGUUCUUGCCCAAGUAA